AUGAGGAUCCUGGUGUGCGUGUUUCUGUGUGGUCUGGCCCUGUCCGUCCUAGCCGAGGAGGAGCAGCCGGUGAAGGAGAAGCGAGGACUCUCCGGUUCGCUGGGUGGCUAUAGUGGCGGCUAUGGUCUGGGAGGUGGCUUCAGUGGCGGCUAUGGAGGCGGCUAUGGAGGCGGCUAUGGAGGCGGCUAUGGAGGCGGCUAUGGAAGCGGCUAUGGAGGUGGACUCGGAGGCGGCAUUGUGCCACAGCCGUACCCUGUCCCUGUAGACAACCCUGUGCCCGUCCCCGUCAAGGUCCCCACCCCAGUGUCCGUCCCAGUUCCUCAGCCCUACGUCGUUAAGCGUCCUGUGCCCUAUGUCGUCAGCGCUGGCCACGGCGGUAUCGGAGGAGGCAUUGGUGGUGGUCUUGGAGGAGGCUACAGUGGCGGCCUUGCUGGAGGAUACGGUGGAGCUGCCAGUGGCUUCGGAGGACUUGGCGGCUAUGGAAAGUACAGCCACUGA